ACAGACCCGUGAUCUAACUGCUCUUUUAAAUCCAGACAGCCCUCAUGUCCAGCCCCUCUGACGUCCUGCGGUUCAGUCUGCCGACGCACGGCGACGCCAUCCUCGGCAAGAUGAACGCUCUGAGAGAGGAGCAUCGGUUCUGCGACGUCACGCUCAUCCUCGGGGGUCCGCAGUGGGGCCCCGCCGCCCGGCCCCUGUGUUUCCACGGCCACAGGGUGGUGCUGGCGGCGUCCUCGAACUUCCUGCGUGACAAGUUUCUGCUCCACGAAGGCCGAGCAGAGCUGAGUGUGGGUGUCGUUUCCAGUGCGAUGGUUGCUAAGGCGCUGCUCGUGUCCUGCUACACCGGACGCCUAGAGGUCCCUGUGCGAGAGCUGGUGAGCUACCUGACCGCAGCCAGUGCUCUCCAGAUGAGUCUGGUGGUGGAGAAGUGCUCCCGGGCAGUCUCCCAGUACCUGAGUCCCACUCUGGAUUUCUUGAACCUGAAGAGCCUCUUAGAAGAGAAAGAGAUCCAGGGGCCAGAGAGCAGCUUGCCAAAUUCCACCUUCACAAAUGUGACGGAAAAGGAUGCAGCCCAGCCCAGCCCCAGCGUCCAGGAAACCACAGAAGCGGUAGCGCUCACGGUUCAGUCCAAGCGGAGGAUCAGCCAAGAGGCCGAGGUGGAUAGAGAAGCACCGGGUGACAUCAGAGAAGAAAACACUGUGGUCAAAGCUGCAGCAGAGAUAUCAGAAGAAGCAGCAUGUUGUCUCGACAGUGAGUCAGAGGAAGGCAGAGACGUUCAGACAUUUCCCACAAAGGAACUAUUGUUUCAUGUUCAAGACGCUGCGGGUGCUCUCGGCUGUAAGCUGCACCCUCCUGCCAUUUUCCAUGACCUCAUUUCCUCCAAAGUCCCCACAAUCAGAAGGAGCUCUGAAGAGUCAAUGGACAAGUCCCAGAACCAGCGUGAAAACGAACCCGCAGAAGAGGAGAACACACCGACAGCUCAACUGCAACGCGGUGAAAAGCUCCCGGCCUCUAAUAUUUUUUGCCUCUCAAGAGCGCACGUCUCAGAGAGUCACGCUACCCCGGAUGACUCUGACUGCACACUGGUCCAGAGGCCGUACCUGUGCAGGAAAUGUGACAAAGUCUUUCAGCAUCUGCAGAGCUACUUGGGCCACCUGAAGGAGCACAGGCGGCAUUUCUGUCUGGUCUGCGGCAAAGGCUUUUCCCAGAGGAGCAACCUGACCCACCACGUCCACGCGCACACUGGCGUGAAGCCUUUCAGGUGCCCGCUGUGCCACAAGACGUUUGCGCAGAAGGCCACGCUGCAAGACCACCUCGGCCUGCACACUGGGGGAAGACCCUUCGGGUUUAAUCACAGCACCGUGCAUCUUGCAGAUAAUGCAGGCCUCAGGCGCCACCUGAAGGAGAGCCAUGGUAAGAGUGGCCUCCAGGGUGAGCUUGAAGAGGCCGAGAAGCAGGUUUAGCAUGGACCUUACUUGUGGGAAACAAAGACAUUUUAUAAACAGUUAAACGGUGAAUAUGUAACAUGACGUCUGAUCUGUAUGUUCCCUGCACAGCCAAAGAUUAUUCUGCUUUAAGAAGCUAAGCUAAUUAAGGUGUGAGAGCAAAAAUACUUAG